AAAUUUCAUCAAAAUAGUUGAAACUUGAAAACAACAUUUUGGUUUCAGCUGCAACUUUUACAUUUCACAAGGAGCGCGCGAGUUUUGGUUCUUCCGUUGAUUCGUGAACCUGCGAUGGCGAGCUCUCUGCAGCGCAUAUCAAGCCACGCUCGUCUUCUCCGAGCCUCUGUUGCCUCAGGAUCCAGUCCGUUCUCGACGGACGCUCUAGUCGAGUACAUGCCCGGUGAGAUCGGAAAGGUCGCCGGCAUUCCCGACGAACAUCUUCGCCGGAGGGUUAUAAUAUACUCACCUGCAAGAACUGCAUCUCAGCAAGGAUCGGGGAAAGUUGGGAAGUGGAAAAUCAACUUUGUGUCAACACAAAAGUGGGAGAAUCCAUUGAUGGGAUGGACUUCCACUGGGGACCCAUAUGCACACGUUGGUGAUUCGACACUGGGUUUUGACAGUGAAGAUGCUGCAAAGUCCUUUGCAGAGAGACAUGGUUGGGAUUAUGUGGUUAAAAGGCGGCAAACGCCAUUGUUGAGGGUGAAGGCAUAUGCAGAUAACUUCAAGUUUAAAGGCCUCCCCAAAACUGAGGAGAAUUGAUUUUGCUUCAAAGGUUUUGUUUCCGUGGUCAAUCUCGGGAGGGAGGUUGUUGCAACAAUUCUUUGCAGUACCCUUGUCGUAUUUCAUCAGCGAGUUACUUGAUCCAAAUGAAACAGACUACAAUAAUAAACGGCCAUUAUGUAGUGUUGAAUUGAUUGGUUUAUGUGAUCAAACAGUUGGAUGGUAAUGGGUAGAUCAUAUGUUCAUAUAUGAAGAGGGAAUCCCAGUUGGAUCUUUUACCAAUA